AUGAUUUGUAAAGCAAGCAUGAUGAUUAAGCUUCAGAAGAAUGGAAAAUACAGUGUGAAUAAGUUUAUGGCAGAGCAUAAUCAUGAGGUUGUUACACCAACGAAGGUACACAUGUUAAGGUCGCACAGAAGCUUGACUGAUGAUCAAAAAGCUGACAUAGAUAUCAUAAAUGAUUCAGGAAUAACACCACGAGCAGGUGUUGAAUAUUUUAGUAGAAAAGCUGGAGGUCGAGAAAAUAUGGGUUUCACAUCAAUUGAUUAUAAGAACUACUUACAAAGAAAGCGAAUGAAAGCAAUGGAAAAGGGUGAUGCGGGAGCUGUUUUAGAGUACUUUCAACAAAAGCAAAUUGAUGAUCCAUCUUUCUUUUAUGCUAUACAAGUGGAUAAAGAUGAUCAAAUGACGAACAUGUUCUGGGCAGAUGGAAGGUCAAUAGUGGACUACAGUGUUUUUGGGGAUGUUAUUUGCUUUGAUACUACUUAUAGAAUAAAUAGCUAUGGACGGCCUUUUGCUCCAUUUAUUGGGGUAAAUCAUCAUAAGCAAACUGUAAUAUUUGGUGCGGCCUUACUAUAUGAUGAAACAAUUGAAUCUUUCAAGUGGUUAUUUCAAACAUUUUUAAGUGCGAUGUCUGGAAAACAACCAAUGACAAUACUAACAGACCAAGAUGCUGCAAUGGCCAAUGCAAUAGCUUCAGUGAUGCCAGAAACAUAUCAUCGUCUGUGUAUAUGGCAUAUAUACCAAAAUGCUGCAAAACACCUUAGCAAUGUAUUUAAUGGUUCAAAAAGUUUUGGUUCCGAUUUUAGUAAGUGUGUAUAUGAUUAUGAGGAAGAGGAAGAGUUUCUAACUGCAUGGAAUAACUUGCUCGAGAAAUAUGAUUUAGUUCAGAACAAGUGGCUACAAAAUUUAUUUAAAGAAAGAGAGAAAUGGGCUAUGGUUUAUGGAAGAAAUACAUUUUGUGCUGACAUGAAGAGUACGCAACGAAGUGAGAGCAUGAAUGGCGUAUUGAAAAAAUAUUUGAGCUCCAAAUACAAUCUUUUACGUUUCUUCACUCAUUACGAACGGGUAGUGACCGAACGACGAUACAAGGAAUCUAAAGCUGAUUUCAAUAUGAGGCAGAGUACCCCAGUAUUGUUUGCUGAUAUCAUGAUGUUAAAUGAAGCAGCAAAAGUGUACACUCCAGAAAUAUUUGAAAUAUUUCAAAAUGAGUAUAAGAAGUGGCUAAGUCAUGCAAUGUUUAAAUGUGGUGAGUUUGGAACGGUUGUCGAGUUUCGAGUUGUUUCUAAAGGUAAAGUAAAAGGACAUACCAUUAGAUUUGACUCAUUAGAUAGUACAGUGAGGUGUAGCUGCAAGAAAUUUGAAUUUGUGGGGAUCUUAUGUAGUCACGCAUUGAAAGUUUUAAAUUAUUAUAAUAUAGAUAUGUUUCAUCCUCGUUAUAUUCUGAAGAGAUGGCAAUGA